UGCUGCUACAGUAGCAGCAGGAGCUGGUGCCGGAACAUCUGGGACCAGCACAACAGCAACGGUUGGUGCAACAGCGAAUGUGCUGACCGGUGAUUUUCUGACCAGUCUGGUGGGUGGUGUACCGCAAAGUAAUGCUGGCGCCAGCGGCGACAACGGUAAUGGCGGUGGCGGUAGUUCAGGACAUCAGGGAUUGGAUGCAGCGGUAGCUUCCUGCUCCAAGCUAACUUCCGCUUCAUCCACCGAACAUAUCGCAACAACUCCAGCAGGCAUCCUACAACUGUCGGCCGGUGGUUCACCGACCAGCAGCAAUGAUGCGAACUGUGAU